CACAAUCUGUUCAAGACUCUGGAACAUCUUCUAUGGGAUCCUUGAAGUCUGCCUGGCAGCCAUUCAAAAAAGAACAUGAUGACACAUUGAGCCAAACCAUGGUUUUAGCUUUACAUGAACAGAUGAAGUCUGUGGGUGUCCUGAUUUCUGGUGGAAAUUUGGGUGGAACAGUUUUUCGUGUUGGCAGUAAAUACGUAAUGACAGCUUUGCAUGUCAUAAACAACAUAAUAGAUCCCACCAAGACAGGUGUUUGGGAUGUUACACUAUUGGAAAGUACAGACACACACAUAAAUUUCCAUGAGUCGCCUUUAACACCUCCAAUGGUGCCUUAUAGGUUGAAGAGAGAUUUCAUGUACAAUGUAGAUUUAGACGUAGCCUUGUUGGAAGUAACAAACCCGUCGAAUUUACCAAUGAAACUGAAUUUAUGCAAGGAUGAAAUUGGGGUAACGAACGUUUCUUUAAUAGGAUAUGGUCAUCCAGGUCAGAUAAAAAAAUGUUUAGAUCCAAAGUGCGAGAUUGUUCAUCCAAAUUCACAUAGAAUUCUGUCAGCCCAGGCUUGGUUACAGCAAAACAAAAAUUUUUUCAAAUUGGCAUUACAUGGGAUAGGUCGAAAUCCAGCCCUGGUUGACAAAGGCUACCAAGGCUAUGACCAAUCUUCAAAGUUAAUAUUUGACUGCUAUAUGAAGCGUGGGGCAUCGGGAGCUCCAGCAUUGACAAAUGAUAAUGAAAGGUCUGUUCAAGUUGUUGGGAUCUUAACACAUGGUCUGCCAGAUUUCUACUUCAGUCUGCCAGAAUUGAUGAAACCUCAGUUUCCAAAGAACUACCGCCUUGAAGUAGGUGCAAAAAUGAAGGACAUUUUUAACUGGAUAAACUCACAAUCUCGGGAAAUUGCAAAAGAUCUUUUUGGUGAAGGGUCACAGAUGCCAGAUAGAAAUCAACUGCAGCUUCCAAAAGAAAUUACUGACAUGGAUAAUGAGACUGUUGAAACAUACAUUAGGGCUCUUGAAAAGGGAAAAACUGAAUACAACAACAUUCGAGUUAUGGUAGUUGGACAUUUUGGGGUUGGGAAGACUACUUUAGUAAACAGACUUUUUGGUCAGUUUAAAGACGAGGAAACCACAGAAACACCAUCAACAAAUGGAAUAGAAACACAUGUUCGACAGUGCAACAUUAUUUCAGAUGAUAAAAAUGAAAAGAUGAUUUGGAAACAAAAGAAAGACGGUAAAUAAUUAUCAUAUCUCUUACUAGAUAAUUGAAAAAGUGAAGUCAAGCCACUGAUUUAUUCUAUGUUAUGCAUGACCCAGAUUCAUUUAGUUAAGGUUAUAGGAAUGGUCAUUGUCCGUCUGUCCUCCGGA